GUCCAGCUCUCUCUCUUUCCUUCACACACUCGCACAAACACACAGUAUUGUCAACAAAAGCUGGAGAACAAGGGACGUGAGGAGAGCAGGGAAAUAAAGCUUCACUCAGGGUCACGCGCCGUCAUUUCACCUGGACACUCAAGUGUGUCCUCAGACAGAGAGGUGACAGUGCACAGGUCAGGACUCCCUCAUCCGUCUUCAUGGUGUUUGGGACAAUCGUAGCAUGUAUGAGAAGUUAACCAUGCUGAACCUGCAGAGCGGCUCAAACUGGACUGGACCCAACAACUGGUACCAUGACCCGAGUGGAGUUCAGACCCAGCACAGCACAGUGUCUGACGGCUGUCUGCUGGACACAGAGGGCAGCAUGGGCGGAGAGGCGGGGGGAGGAGGAGGAGUGGGCAGAGGGGGAGGAGUCCCCGUGGAGCGGGACGAGGGGGAGGAGUCCCAGCUGAGGCUGCAGCUCAAGAGGAAGCUGCAGAGGAACAGGACCAGCUUCACACAGGAGCAGAUCGAGGCUCUGGAGAAAGAGUUUGAAAGAACACAUUAUCCAGACGUCUUUGCCAGAGAGAGACUGGCAAACAAGAUCGACCUGCCAGAGGCCAGGAUACAGGUGUGGUUCUCCAAUCGAAGAGCCAAGUGGAGGAGGGAGGAGAAGCUGCGCAACCAGAGGAGGUCGGGGGGCGUGACUUCCUGUUCACAGAGUCAAGCUCCUUUGACCACUUCCUUCAACACAUCCAUCUAUCAUCAGCAGCAUGGCAGCAGUUCAGGCUCCAUGUUGAGUCAGACUGACUCGUCUCUGCCCAGCUACAGCUCUCUGUCAGUUUUCUCCUCUGGAAUCCAGUCCAUUUCUCCACAGUCAGCCUCCUCCUACUCCUGCAUGUUACCUCCAUCACCCUCUGCCCCGCGCAGCUUUGACUCGUCGGGAUACUCCUCCUCCUCUCAUCUGCAGACUCCGCCCUCGACCAACUCUAACACUGGCCUCAUAUCACCUGGCAUCUCAGUGCCGGUCCAGGUCCCAGGAGGAGAGCAGCAGAACAUGAGUCAGAACCUGGGUCAGUACUGGGCCAGAUUACAGUGAACAACAGACACUUCCAGCAAAGGAAGAAAAGAUGUAAAGAAAAUGGUCAAUAAAACAGUAUUUGAGACACAUACAUUGGAGUUUAAGGGUUAGUUCAGGUUUUCUGUAUGAGGUGCUGACACAUGAUCACUGCAGACUCACGAGGAAAAGCAAAAAGUCUACAGUGUCUUCAAAGUAUGUGCCUACAUUAGAGAUUAGAUUAGAGAUUAGAUUAGAUUAGACAUGUGUAACCCCCCUAUAUUCUAAUCUCUGUGUUGCUUGAUGCUUCACUCACACUCACCACAGUCACAUGAACUUCACAAACACGGCAGCAGUUUUUGACUUUGGUUUGAGGGAGUGAGUGUUUUCUGAAGUGAAUUUUCCAGGUGGAAAAGGCCGUCGACACACAUUUGAACAUGAUUCUAUUAGGUAAGCCUUGAGGAUGUGAGGAUGUGGUCGUCACAGUCAUUGUUGGCUCUUUGUAGUAGGAAGUUGGAUUUCUAAAAAUCACUAAACCUGACCCUGUAAAUGUGUCAGUACCUCAUACAACAACCUGACCGAUCCCUUUAAAGCAAGCACAGGAGGUCUGAGCUAAAGAGGGUCCUCCAUGAACUGCAGAUGUUUACACAACAGCUUUGGUUGCAUUUGAUAAGACUCUUAAUCAGGUUAGACUUUUUUAAAUUAAUGUGCUCAUCGUAGUAGAAUUGUUACAAUGGCAAAGAUUAUUUUAGAAUGAAACCGUUGAUACGUAUCAGAGAAUUAGACUUGAAAGCCUUGUGUUUUUAUUCUGUCCACCAUUCAGACUUUGACCAAAACACAACGAAAGAAAUGCAUUAUGAGAUGUGAGCUCACUACACAUGUUUAAACUAAUGCUGCGUUCCAUUUGUUGUUGGAACUCGGAAUUUCCGAGAUCAUGGAGCUCGUGUUUCCAAUUCAGAAUCUCAGGGUAACCUCAAGUACCCCGAUAGCAUUCCAAGCUAGCUGCCAACAUACACACAGUUAACAGCACGUACACAGAGUACGGUUGUAACCACACAGAAGGAAGCUAACCUAGUUAGCAUGGGUCAAAGUGACAGAGAUGAAAGCUAACAGUUAGUGACCGCGACGAUCGUCAGAACGAGCAUAAGCUUCGUGAAGCGACUGUGAAGAUUUUCAGCUUUACUAAAACUUAGAAAGAAGAAAGACAAUAUAAAGAAAUGUGAACGCUGCUCAAACUGCACAUGUCUGUGUGUGUGAGGAUAAUAACUACAGUGACGUCAGAGCUAAACAAGGUUCAAGGUCACGGUAGUAAGGUUACAUAAAUACUUAUAUUCAAGUUAUUCACGGGUUAUAAAGCUACUGGUAAUGUCAGUUAACUGUGAGUGGGAGUACUGAAUAAGCAUUACUUAAGUAUAAUUAAGCAUUAUUACCCUUUAUUAAUGUUACUUGUGACCCUUAAUGUAAAGUUCCACAAAUGUUACGUUUCUGUGUGUUUGUUUAAAGGUCACACAGAACAUUAUUAAAUAUAAUACUAUAUUAUAUAUACGAUAUAAUAUAUAUGUAAUACUGGUUAAUAAAUGUGCGUAAUUAUAGUGAAGUAAUACUUAUCCUGUACUCCUGAUGCUAUUAUUGGUUAAUUAAGGGUCACUUAAACAGACACAUGAACCCUUUUAUAAAUGUGCACUUAAAGCUUCUAAUGGAACUGUUAGCUGUCAGUUAACAGUAGCUGUAUAGACCCUUGAACAACAUAUGAAUUAAUAACUUCAUUUUGCCUGAAUAAUGUGAAUAAACGGUCAAUUAAAACAUGACUUAGCUGUUGGUAAAUGCUGACGUAACAGUUUAUUUUUCACUUUAUUUAAUCAAAAUAAAUGAAAAGUGUCUGAUUUCAGGCUAAACAUGAACAGAGCUGCGUCCUCGUCUCUGUUUUAUUUGCUGGAUCAAAUGUGUAGUGCACAUCAUGGUCGGUGCCAGUGUUAGCGGGUGACAAUCACAGCACACCAAACAAACACCUGAGAACAUGACAAUCAAAGCUGGAGGCGGAGCACAUUCAAAUGUAAAAAAAAAAGUUUUUGUUACACUGUUAUUACAACAGCAAAUACAUUAUUAUCUGUGCAUGACCAAAAUAAGUUGCUAUAGACAAUCAGCUCCAGGCAGAAAUGAAUCUGACCUGCACUCACUUCCCUCUGACUGUUGGUUCUGUUGAUGCGUCUCAGUUAAAUCUUUUAUGCUCUUAUUUAUUUGUCCUCUCACUCGUUCACAUGAGCCGUCCGUGUUGUUUCCGUUGUUGUUGUUGUUGUUGUUGUUGUGUGUUGUUUUAGCAUUGUGUAGCUACCAAGAGUCAACCCUUUUGUGAAGGCCUUGGAUCCCUUUAAUGAAAAUAAAGCUGUGUGUAAUGCAAAUGAACUCAAA